CUGUUCAACGAACUAAAAGAGCAACUAUCAAGUUGCCCCGAGAAAACUCGUGUGCUGUGCCGCACUGUCCAGUCGACAGUGUGGGGAGCCGUUGUAUCCUCAUUAAACGUAGCGCUUGGCGGUGGUGGGGGUGGUGCAGUAACAUCAUCGGCGGAUAGCAGUGGUGGCUCCGGCGUAUCCGGACCAGGACCAGGUGGCGGUGUGGGCGUUGGCCGCUUAGCAUCCAUAAUGGGCGCAGUUAGUUCACGCCAUAUCUCUACCAGUGAUGCGCUGGUAGAGGAAGGCGGUGGAGGUAAUAAUCAUGAUCAUGGCAACGGAAAUUGUUCAAUUUCAAACAAAAAUGGCAUAACCACAGCUACUGGUGGUUUUCUACAAAAACAAGAUUUGCAUUAUGAUAUCGGUUCGAGUUCUCAGUAUCAUCAUGUACGUCAACCAAGCGUUCGCAGUCGAAGUCAGCAACCCAUGCCAACCACAGAUGAAUUGGAUAGGCGUUUCGCAAAAGUUUUGGCUUCAAUGGACUUACCUCCGGACAAAGCGAAGUUGCUCAAGAAUUAUGAUGAUGAAAAGAAAUGGGAUAUAAUAUGUGAUCAGGAUAUGGUGCAAGCGAAGGAUCCGCCCUCUCAUUAUUUGAAUAAGUUGCGCACAUAUCUGGACCCAAAAGCGUCUCGCAGUCAUCGGAAACGCAAAAUGGUCGGUGAAUCCACAUCGACGCAGGUGCUGCGUGAUCUUGAGAUCUCGCUGCGCACCAACCACAUUGAGUGGGUAAAGGAGUUUCUUGAUGACACGAAUCAGGGUCUCGACGCACUUGUUGAUUACCUAAGUUUUCGACUGCAGAUGAUGCGACAUGAGCAGCGUGUCGAAGAAGCACUCUCCGAUUCCGAUGAGCGUCUAAACAUGACAAGUAGUCAGACGGUGGGAGGUGGCGGCACCGGUUCGGGUUCAGCGGAUGGUCUUUGCAGCACAUCGGUGGGAGUUAGUUCACCGCUGAGUGGUAGCAUCAACAUGGAUGGUAUGCGACAUCACCAACAUUCACACGUGGCUCACUCGGGCGGCAGUCUUAAUGGUUUUUUGCGUCCCUCGCUGGCCGAGGUGCUCGACAGCCCCAGCAUUAGAAGACGCUCCAGGCAUAUAGCGAAAUUGAAUAUGGGCGCAUCUACAGAUGAUAUACAUGUGUGUAUAAUGUGCUUGCGCGCCAUAAUGAACAACAAAUACGGAUUUAACAUGGUAAUACAACAUCGUGAGGCCAUUAAUUGCAUUGCGUUGAGUUUGAUACACAAGUCUCUGCGUACCAAAGCGCUAGUGCUGGAGCUUUUAGCUGCCAUUUGUCUGGUGAAGGGUGGCCACGAGAUCAUUUUGUCCUCGUUCGACAACUUUAAGGACGUGUGUCAGGAGAAGCGACGCUUUCAAACACUCAUGGAAUACUUCAUGAAUUUUGAAGCCUUCAAUAUUGACUUUAUGGUUGCGUGCAUGCAGUUCAUGAACAUUGUGGUUCACUCUGUGGAAGAUAUGAAUUAUCGCGUUCAUCUGCAAUAUGAAUUCACAGCUCUUGGUCUUGACAAAUAUCUGGAAAAACUACGUAUGACUGAAUCAGAAGAGCUAAAGGUGCAAAUUUCGGCAUAUUUGGAUAACGUAUUCGACGUGGCGGGACUAAUGGAGGAUUCUGAAACGAAGACUGCAGCGUUGGAACGUGUGCAGGAGCUUGAAGAUCAGUUGGAACGAGAAGUGGAUCGCAACUCAGAAUUCAUGUAUAAAUUGGCUGAGCUCGAGACAGAAGUUGCUGUAUUGAAAGCAGAACGAGAGGAUUUAAUGACGACAAAACUGAAAUUUGACGAAGAGGUCACAACGUUGCGUCGCAUACUCAAACAAAAUGAACAAGAGCUGAAGAAACGUGAAUCUCUACUUCAAAGCAAAAACCUCGAAUUACAAACGUUGACUCGUUCAUUACCACGUUCUGGUUCAAAUAGUGAAACAUCCUUACAAAAUGGUGGGGCGUCACCAGAUAAAUGCAUGUCACCUCCACUGCCACCUCCGCCGCCACCAUUGCCGUCUGCCAUGUCACCUGCCAGUUCGGCGCCUCCACCGCCACCUCCGCCCGCACCACCUGCUCCGCCACCACCGCCCAUAACGCACGGCGGUUCCGUGAGUAAUGGCGGUACAUUAUCACCUACAAUGUCGACAAACGGCGGCUCCAUAGGAUCACGUUCACCGCCAUAUGGCUCUGGUCCAAAUGGUGGACCUAUGAUAUGUGCGUUCCAACCGCCACCUCCACCUGUGGCCGGUUUCAUGCCCGCUCCAGACGGUGCCAUGACAAUCAAACGAAAAGUGCCGACCAAAUACAAACUGCCCACGCUUAACUGGAUAGCUUUAAAGCCAAACCAGGUUCGAGGAACUAUUUUCAACGAGUUGGAUGACGAAAAGAUCUUUAAACACAUUGAUUUCAACGAAUUCGAGGAGCGCUUCAAAAUUGGCAUUGGCGGCUCAUUGACAAAUGGUAGUAACACUGAAGUGGAUGGUCUGCACUCAUAUCCCAGUAGGCGCUUCAAGAAACCAGACAAUGUGUCGUUAUUGGAACACACGAGAUUACGAAACAUUGCAAUAUCUCGACGCAAAUUGGAUAUGCCCAUCGAUGAGGUAAUCGCCGCCAUACAUAGUUUAGAUUUGAAGAAACUGUCUCUUGAAAAUGUGGAACUGCUUCAAAAGAUGGUGCCCACUGAUGUUGAGGUCAAAUCUUACAAAGAAUAUAUAGCUGAACGUAAAGAUCAAAACCUACUCACCGAAGAAGACAAAUUCAUGUUGCAGUUAUCGCGGGUUGAACGCAUAUCAUCAAAGCUUUCUAUAAUGAACUACAUGGGAAACUUCUUUGAUUGCCUUCAUCUAAUCAGUCCACAAAUACAAGCUAUAACAACAGCUUCGAACUCGCUUAAGAAAUCGGUGAAAUUCAAAGCUGUGCUGGAAAUAGUCCUCGCAUUUGGCAAUUAUCUCAACAGCAGUAAACGAGGUCCUGCCUAUGGAUUUAAAUUACAGUCGCUUGAUACCCUAAUCGAUACAAAGUCAACCGACAAACGCUCAUCGCUAUUGCACUAUAUUGUGGCUACCAUCAGGCAAAAGUUUCCAGAUCUGCUUAAUUUCGACACUGAGUUGUAUUGCACUGAUAAAGCGUCACAAGUGUCGUUAGAAAAUAUAGUGACAGACGUACAUGACCUAGAAAAGGGCAUGGAACUGGUAAAGAAAGAAGCAGAACAGCGUGUAAAAGGUACACAAACGCAUAUACUACGCGAUUUUCUCAAUAAUUCUGAGGAUAAAUUAAAGAAGAUUAAGAUGGAAUUAAAGAAUGCUCAAGAUGCAUUCAAAGAAUGUGUUGAGUAUUUCGGUGAAUCAUCUCGUAACGCUGAUGCAGCUGCUUUCUUUGCGCUAAUUGUGCGUUUCACUCGAGCUUUCAAAAUUCACGAUCAAGAAAACGAGCAACGCCGCCGCUUGGAACAAGCAGCAGCCCAGGCCGCCAACAAAAAGGAAAGUGACCAAGUGUUAAUGCGCAACAAAAUGAACCAGAAGAAACAACAGAUGUCCGGUUGUGGCUACUCCUUACAGGACGCUGUCAUUAACGAGCUGAAGAGCAAAGCGAAUUCGGUUCGGGAGAAAAAAUUACUGCAGCAGGAUGAGGUUUAUAACGGUGCUCUAGAGGACAUACUGCUCGGGCUGAAGAGCGAACCCUACCGACGGGCCGAUGCAGUGCGACGCAGUCAACGCAGGCGCAUCGAUAACAAUCGUUUAUCACGUACACUCGAAGAAUUAGAUGUCUAAAGCGAGAGACGAAAAAAUUUACGAAAACUAGCAAAAUAAUAUACAAAAAUUAUAAGAGAAUGUACGUCAAGUACAAUUAUAUACAUUUAAUGUUUUAUAAGCAAGAAAUUAUAUUGCAUUUUCUACAAUAGCAUAAAAUGCCAGGAAAACACUAGAAUUUUGUAUACAUUUCAUGAAUUCAUAAUUCAUAUACAAAAGUAGGCAUAGAAUCGCCAUACUCGAAUACAUAAGUAAUUUACAUAUAUAAUACUUAGAUUAUGUCUGAUUUGGCACAAUUUAGAAGUACAUUUGUUUAAUUAUAAUCACAUAUACAAUAUAUAUUAUUAUAUUCCCAAAAAAUAGUAAUACUUGCAAAUUUAAAACCCUAACUCAUUUAUUCUCAAGUACAUUCCUUUCUGUGUUAUCCAAAUUUUUAAUGCAAAAAAAGCAGGCGUUGGCUUGUGGAGUGUUAAGUUGAAUCAUUGCAUGAAAUGUUCGAAUAAAAGAAAUUUAACAGUCUGCAUUAUAUAAAUAUUUGAAUGAGCGUUUAAAAGAAUUUUUAAGAAUCUCUAACUGUUGCAUGUAUGUAUGUAUAUCCACAUAUAUACCGAAAAAAGGUAUAUUCUUCUUUGAUUUUGUACACACACAAAUUGUAUCUAUUUGUAUUUUUUUUUUUGUUUAAUAUUUGUAUAUAUUUUCGUAUAUAUUUUAUUGUUAACUAAUUUUCUAUGAUCUGUAAAUAUAUCGCAAAAAUUUAAUACGUUCGAGCGGAUUGAAAUUGUUGAUUGUAAAAGGUUAAGCUUAAUAUUUAGUGAUGUCGAUGAUUUUUAAUGUAUAGUACGUACGUCUAAAACAUAAUAAAUGCUAGUGGCAACUAGUUCACCACCAAUUCGUGCAAAUAAGAAACGAUUAUUGCAAAACAUAAA